AUGACAACAUGCUCAAGAAGACCUCAGGGCACACAGUACGGAUACGCCAUUGCAGCACACGUCAGUUCAGGCUACGUCCAAGCUGGCAAUGGGCAGCGCAGGUGGUACUGGCAAGUCCGCACGCAUUCAAUUACAAGGCGCAAUGAUGAUGAGGUUCAGGGGCUGAACCUCCUGAGGGGGGAUGCAGUUGUAAGGGUGGAAGUACUCGGAGCGAACUGA